GAUCUGUAUUGAAGUCUGAAAUGCAAAAUGUGACCAGAAUUCUGCUGUAUAUAAGUUGGCCACGGAUCUCAAGUCCGUGAGGGUUAGGAGGGCAAUUUGGCAUCUGGAGUGGAUGUUCGACGUUACGCCUCAGUCAAGUGUUGGUCAGCUCAGUGGGCACAGCUGUGGGCACGCUACUUUUUUUCACCUGCUUGUGCUGCCGACUUGUUUGUUUUAUUAGUUAAGAAUUAAGAGUUCUCUCACCGACUGUGGAUUCGUAACAACUGUUACCGAAGGAUGUGAUGGUUAGGAGUUGUGGUCGUUCGGGCGAGAAAAUCCGAGAAUUGCAUCGAUAAUUGAUAUUGGAAAGUGUCAAGUUGUGUUAAGUGUUGGGAAGAAAUCAAAGUAGGUUUGUGUGAGUGGGAAAGCCCUGCUGCUGCUACUACUACUACUACUCCUGCUGCCGCUGCUGCUGCUGCUGCUACUAUCACCACUAGUACUACUUCUGCAGAAACCACUGGUACUAAUCCAGGGCUGCGUGUGCUACUUGCUGCUGCCCUUUAUUUCUCUCUCUCUCUCUGCUGUUCCUCCUCCUCCUCCUCCACCUACUCCUCCUACUGCUCCUACUUUUGGGACAGGAGCCUUGAGGAGCAGCGACAACAACAUACAGCGAGACAGAGAAUCUCCCACCGACACAGACUUGACGAUACAAAAUGGUGCUGAUCGUGAACGAACAGUUGGUGAAGGAAGUCCCUUCCUCCACGACCGGUAUCUACACUCAGUGGCCUCGCCUGAAGGAGACCUCGCACGCCCUCACCACUAUGCUCACGGAUAACGUGGGCCCCAGGGGCCUCCUCUACCUCCGCCAGAGGGAAUACGCCGUCACAGUGCCACACGACGAGAACCUCCACAUACUGGGCACCGACGAUGCCACCACUUCCGUCAUGGCCGUCCUUCGACAUACAGGCUCCGGAGCUGUGGGUCUAGCCCACUUCGACAAAUGCAGCCACGACGAGUGCCUCAGCGGCGUCCACAUCUGCUCCCACGACGACGGCGUCAUGCACUUGAUCACCCGCAUCAACGAGCUCUCCAUGGGGUACACCGAAGGGCGCCUUGAGCUCUGCGUCGUUGGAGGCUUCCAGGACGCCCGCGCCAUCUGCGAGAAAGUCACGCUUUCCUUACUGAACGCAAUGCACAAGAGCCCACCGCAGAUUCACCUGGUCCUGCUAUGCACAGGAGAGAUGAACACCACUCUUCGUGGCAACAUAUCGUGGCCCCUCGUCAAAGGCAUCGGCGUCAGCACCCAGACGGGCAAGAUCUUCCCAGCCACAUUCACAGACAAAGGUCCAUACCUCGUCCUUCGGUCCACCAGGGUCUUCACAGGCGCUCAGCAGAUGGUUGAUAUUUACGACUGCGCCCUGGGUCUCCUGAGGAUCGGCCCUUUCAAUUACGAACCUCACGCUGGAGUAGAACUGCUCCUUCAGCAGACAGAUGAGGUCAUCCUUCAGUGUCUCUCCACAACUCCAGAGGUCGAGGAUCCCACAUGGGUGAAGAUGGUGCGAGAAGUCCUGAAGCACAUCAAAGAGCACCCAUUCCCUGCCGUCACCAUCUUCCCCGACAACCGACCCCACUACUUCAGGAGAGACAAUCUGGGCACUUGGUCCCCGGCCGAACUGCCCAACAACAACGACUCCACCCCCGACGCCAACGUGCAGGCAGCUGCCCAGGCUGCCGUAGGAGCUGCCGUGGCUGCCACAGGGGCAUGGACACAGGCUGGGGGCGUCACCACAACAUCAGCCCCGCCGACACCCGCUCCUUUGUCAUCUGCCCCCUGGGGGACCUCAGUGCCACCAAGAUAUGGCUCCCUGCACCUGGACUGCCGCCUGAAGACCCAUUUAGCCGUGCCUCCAGUUGUCAAUCCUGGCCAGCACUAUGAUGACCCCCUACUGAAUCCCGUGAAGGAGCGUUUCAUGCCAGCAUGGCAGACCUCGCAGUUGUGACCAUCCACUCUUUCCCUAUGCGAUUCCUUCUCUCUGCUGGAGGGAAUGGACACAGGCUGAAUACCUGGCUGGCGACGUGGCUCUGCGGCGGAGACACUGUCGCCAAUCUCUGCACCAGCCGCCAGAAUUCAUCGUGCCAAACUGCAGACCACCACCCACGACUAAACAACACCUGCUGAAGUACAUCUCACUCUGGUUUCUGUAUUUUUUGUUGUUGUUUUUAAAAAUGUAAUGCCUUGCAAUAUUGUUUGUUGGGCUUAGUUAGCCAUUGCAGUAUUUGGUGUUUGCCUUUUCCAUUUUUGAUUCGAAGUUAUUGGUAUAUUUGCGUCCGCAACUUCUAAAAUGUGACCUUUCAGUGAUUUGAAUUUCAAAAGCUGGUCCUGCCAAGAAGACUAGUGUGAAGAUGAAUGCAGGUGUGACAAAGUGAAUGGUGGGCGUGUUGGGGGCAGCAGGUGAAGGUUUUGCUGCAGUGGUUACUGGGUCUCAUGACCUUAGACUGCCACUUGUCUCUCUCCUCUUCCUGGUGCAAUAUUUGUCUCGUGGGUCAAUUUGCAACAAAUUUUGUAUUCGUCUGCAGGUGUUAGUUCUGAUGUGAAAUAAGAAUAUUGUAUCUAUUACAUCCUUGAAAAAUCAUUUUCUUUUAAAGAUUGUUCAUAUACCAUGAUUGAUAGGAUGCUACGUGCUGUUGUCUCAGAGGCCUGUUGACUUUGGAAAUAGAACUAACCACAGAUAAUGUCCUUCUUCUGGCCCUAACUGUGUAGAAAUGUUUUCCCUUGUAAAGAUAGGUCAAGUUAGUGAAGCCUUUGUAGUUGUGGGGUAUCCAAGUUUCUCUUUACAUGCAUGUAUAAUGCAGAUUUUUUUCGUAUUCUUCGUGCUGUUUCAGACAUUUAUAUUGUAAUGCUGACCUAAGUGGUGGCAUCUGACUUGGUUCUGACACUUGUGAUAGGGCAGAAUUCUCUUAGUUUUAUUUACUUUUCGAUUCAUGUGUCUGUUGUGGGAGUCUUGCGAGCUGAAUGAACAAGUGUGUAGUUGUUACGUUUCUCUUGUUUAUAGAUUUUCCAAGCAUAAUGUGUAUGAACUUUGUAGCAAACAGUAUUUUGGUCUUCAUAAAUGUAGAUUUUGAUAGGAUUUUAGGUCGUCUAUGUGGAUAUUUUUUGUGUACUGAAGUUACUUCCAUGUGCAAGUUGUUAGGGCUCUAACUGACUGGUAAAUGAGUGGAUUUUUUCAUUUCCAUUGAUGUAAUGUAUUGUAUAGGCUAUGUCCCACUAAACUACUGUUUCCGUAAACUCCGAUGGUAUUAAUCACACGUGUUGAAAUGCAAUGAUUGCCUACAGGUGGCAUGAAGAAAUAGACACUCCUUAAAGUUGCUGGAUGUGGUGUUCAUGCAAUGGUUAAUGAUCUUUUAUGUUACAGCUAUGAAUUCUUUAGUUUCUUCUGUAUAGUGAAGCUAUGUAAGGAUUUAUUACUACUACAUAGGAUUUUCAUACUCGAGUAUAUUUGUAUUAAACGGAUUAUGUUGUAUAGUCUGAAGCGAAGAUCGAUGCAUCAUUAUUUGUAGGAUUUUGGAUGUUGUGAAUGAAAAGCAGAGUAAAAAUUCGACGUCUGUACAAUCAGAAAAAUUGUAUGAAAUGAAAAUACAUCGUAAAACCUGCCGAUUUUCUUAGAAAUUGCAUUUUCUACAUCGUAAUUGUGGAGACGUUUUUUUUUCCUUCACCACGGAAUAAAAAGUGAGGUCACGAGAGAGUUAGGAAAUGUCCAUCGGGAACAAACAUGGUCGUUCAUUCUCUGGAGGCCUCCUGUUGAUUUGGAAAGAGAUGUAUAUGUUUCUUUCCCGUUCUUUUUUUUGUUAUGUAUAGUAUAUUUUAUGAAGUCAUAUUUUUCGAUUCUCACGUUUAUUGGUAUACAGUGCUGCUGCAUUUAAUUUUUUCCUUUUGGUUUUCAUUUAUUUAUUUUUUAUUUAGGAGAUGACACAAGCGAGUGAGUAGAGUACUUAGUGGUUCAUAGGGAAUUUUUCUUAAUGUUUGUCUCAUCUUCAGGGUUUUGACUCCUAGAUAAUUUUAUGAUUGAUUUCGUUGCAAAUAGAAUAGUUUUCCUGUCCUCCUCGUCUCCUGGCGUUGCACAUUCCGGAAACCCCAGUGGUAUAGGAGACCUUCCUCCGAAAUAAUCAGUAAUUGUCUGUCAUUAUCUUGUACAUUUUUUUAACCUGUAAUGCUUUUUUGUCUCUUGUGUAUUUAGGGAAAUGUCUUUUCAAGAUCAUGCAUUCACAAAUGUUCUAUUUUUUCACAAUCAUUCAUUAUUGUCAAAUAUAUUUCCAUUUACAUUU